CCUUGUUUGGAACUCUUCAGUGCGAAAAACAACAUUGCCACGAAAUUUUGACAAUAUGGCAGACUGGGAAGAAGUGAAACGUCUGGCAGCUGAUUUUCAGCGAGCUCAAUUGAGUAGCACGAAGCAAAAAUUAUCAGAGAGAAAUGUGAUUGAAAUUGUUGCCAAACUGGUGGAACAGAAAUUAAUAGAAGUAAUUCAUACACUGGAUGGCAAGGAGUACCUGACUCAUCAAGAAUUGGCAAAGGAAAUUCAGGAUGAACUAAUUGUUCACGGAGGGAGAAUCAAUUUAGUUGACCUUCAGCAGAUUUUGAAUGUUGAUUUUCGGCAUAUUGAGGAUAAAGUUACAGAUAUGGUGAAACAGGACCGAAGCCUGAUGCUUGUCCUAGGACAGCUUGUAGACAAGAACUACUUAGAUAGUAUGGCAGAGGAGGUGAAUGACAAACUACAAGACAAGGGUUACCUAACGAUGGUGGACAUCACCAAACAGUACGACCUGCCGUCCGAUUUUGUCUCCUCGCACAUUAGAGACAGAGUAGGGAAGAUUAUCAAGGGAAAGCUAGACAGCCAGGACAGAGAUGUUAUAUACACUGGAGCGUUUAUCACCAGGAUGAAGGGCCAGAUACGAGGAGCUCUUAGUGCUGUUACAAGGCCAACUACUGUUGCCAUGGUUAUGCAGCGAUAUGGAUUCCAGGAAAGGCUUUUCUUUAAUAUUUUGGAGGAGUUGGUCCAUACUGGUCGAUUAAAAGGGAAUUUGAUUGGAAGGCAGGAAAAGAUGAUGUAUAUACCAGAAAUAUACACCAAGGCACAGAACGAUUGGGUGGACAACUUCUACAAACAGAAUGGAUAUCUAGAAUAUGACACAUUAGUGCGACUGGGAAUUUCUGAUCCUGUGACUUUCAUUAAGAAGCGCUUUAAGUCUGAGCCCAUUAUUUACCUGAAGCGGGUUUGUGUGGGCAGUGGGCUAAUGGACCAGAUCGAGUCAUCCAUGGAAGAGGCAGUCACCACGGAUGGAUACUCUGAUGUCAUGCCCCUGCUACCAUCAGUCUUCAGUGAGGAGGAUUGUCAUCUUCUGCUACAAGAGUGCGUCAAGAAGCAGACGGACGCCAUGAUAUGCUGUGAUACCAUAGUUACCAGUCAGAAAUACAUCUCCAAGUGGAAGGAACCGUUUGCUUCCCUUGUCGAGGAAAAGGCUGAGAAGGAUGCAAGAAGUAACCCCCAAUUAUUUCUGUCGACGGACAGGAAAGGGGCAACGUCCAAGUCUGUGGUUUUAGAGGAGGGGUCUAAAGAGGACAGAAAAGAUCAAAGGAAGAAAAAACAAGCCAAGUUAUCUCCCCCUUUCCUGAUUGAAGUGGCACCAGGGUGUUACCAAAUGAUGGUAAAAGGUUCCACAAAAAGUGGUGGUGGAACUCAAGGUCGUGAGGUCAAGAUGAAGGCCACUAAGAAGAAGUAUCACAAAGGUCGCGGGGACCAGGGAGGGGAUUCCGAUGAGGAGGAAGUGUCUCGUCCCCGUCAAGCUGAGAUACAGUUCAUGUCCGUGGAGGAGAUCGCAGAGAAACUGAAGAAACAACCAGAGCUCAGAGAUUGUCCUGAAGACUUCAUCACGGAAAUUGCUACUCAAAUACACAGGCCUCUAAACAGAGAGUAUCAUCAGAAGGCAGUGGACGUUCUGCAUUCUACAGCGACCCAGAGUUCUGGAUCAGGAAAGAAAAAGACGCACAGUGACCUACAGGAGAAAAUCACAGGACUCUGGACCAAUGUCCUGCUGUUUGAGAAAGGUGCCAAGUGUAUCCCAGAGGAGACUGAAGUUCUGAAUAAACAUUUACUGAAGACUGUGUGUACUGACAUCACUAACGUGGUGGUAAAUGUCCUCAUGCAUGACCACAUGUUGUCCAAAUCGGAGGAAGAGGAGGCUCUCACCCCAGAGUCUCGAGCUAAAUAUAUCAGCAAACUCCCUGAUGGUGUUCAACAGUGUGCGACCAAACUUAACAGCUCACUGAAUGGAAAAUCUUUGGAUGAGUUCUACAAACAGUUGGAUGUACUGUGUGGUCCUGAACACCUGGGAAUUUUACUAAGAAAACCUGAUAAAAGAAAGGAAAGACAGCUGAUCUUUAACCACCGCCAGGCCCUGGUGGAGCAGCUAUCCAGAGAGACCGAUCCCGCCAUGCUCCUACAUCUGACGGUGGUCAUUCUGUUUCAGACGUUUACCUCCAAUAUUGUUCAUGCCCCAGGAAAAUGUGUCCCCCAGAUUAUCACCUUUCUGAAGCAACACCUGGCACCCGAGUCUCACGAGCUGCUUGUAAAGAUGCAAGACCUAGUUAUUCAACAGAUGAAGCUACAGAGUGAAGAUAAAGACAUGUCGGAGGUCAUGGAUGAACUAACGAAACUGAAACCUCAGGUGGUAGAUAUUGCCACAAAAACAAAGAAGGCCGUACAGAAACAGGAAGAGGAAAAGUGAAAGUAGAAUGGAAAGAAAACUGCAAGAAAAUAUUCCAAAGGAAAAAAAAAUCACAAAGAUAUCUUAUAUCCUAAAUAAGGAUGUAUUCUGCAUUUCUGGAGCCCGUUUUACAAAAGAACUUACGACUUAAGAACAAAUUUAGUUCUUCAAAUAACUUUCUAAAUAACAACUUGUUGAAAAUGAUUUGAAUCUUUCAAAAAGGAAUGUAGUGAGA